GAGGCGGCAGGGCGCGUUGCCCGGCGCUUGCAACGUGGAGCUCGCGGCCGGCGCUGCGACCAACAGCGCUUGCCUUCGUGACUUGUUGGCGGUGCGUUAUGCCAUUCCUACCAAACGUCGCGAGCGCGGGUCGUGGGCGAAGUUCGCCGUGUUCGGGUCGCUGGUCGGAAUGGCGACCUCGCCGUCGCGCUGGUCCUUUCGAGUUCUGUGGUGCUCUGAGGCUGUUGCGGUGAUCGCCAGCCUUGUAGCGCCCACAGGCGUGGACGCCGAGGCCGUCGAAACCAAAGCCAUCCGGGACGCCUUGAAGGCCGUCUUAGUAGGCAAGGACUUGAAACACAUUUCGUUGCGUGAGUGUCGCCGCCAGGUCGCUUUGAAACUCGGUUUGCAAGAGCAUGCUUUGGACCAACGCAAGCACGAGUUCAAGAGCCUGACAACCGAGGUCGUUUCGGAAACGCAGCCCGACCAGGACGCCGCGUCGCCUCUGGAGACCGUGUUGGCUGAGGCCGAGAAGCUGGACUCGUUGCAGUGGGUCUACUUGGUGACCAUAUCGCGCGUCCUGGACGCGACCCUUCCCGACGGCCGCCAGUGCCGCGAUCUUGGCACGAUGAGCCGGGAGGACAUCGGAAAAGCAGUGGCCGACGCAUUCAACAAUCCGAUUCCGACUGGGUCCGCGGGCGGCCGCCCUAGGAAGGAACCGGACGGCCAAGCGCUCGUGUCCAUGGCGGUGGUGUUCCAGGAGAAGCACAAAGACGGCGCGAUCCAUUUCCACGUUGCUGUGAAGCUGACUAGGUCGGGCCGUUUCCAGCAGGCCAAGCGCACUCUGCGUGAGCGCCAUUUGUUGCCGAGCCAUUUCUCUGGUUCCCACCAGCGAAUGUGGAGCGCCGUGAGGUACGGGUAUAUGGAGACCCCAGCCAAACCAGAUGUCGACGACGCCCCGUGGGUGUGGCAGCCAGACUGGGCCGGGUUCGCGCGCGAGAACGACGCCAUCGACCUCUUCGAGAUGUCGCAGGAGCCAUGCGUGGCAGGCGUGUGGGUGAAGCGCCGGGAGGCCACGGACAAGGCGGCCGGGGCGACGGGCACGAAGACGACGUUCGACCUCGUAGACUUGACCUCGACCAUCAUCGCCAAGCACUUGUGGACGAAGGACAGCCUGAUGGCGCACGUCCAGGACCGCGGGACGAAGGCCAUGCAGCGGUUCGUCCGCAGCCGAGUGCGCAAGCUGACGGCGGACCUUGAGGAGACGAAGGAGUGGGCGUCUGCCCGCGAGAACGCGGCCUUCGAGGCGGUGGACGGUUGGACGCUCGUGUGCCGCUGCGCUGAGGAGACAUGCCCCCAUGGCCCGGCGUGCUCGUACAGGUCAGCCGUGGAGACCAUCUUCUCCCGCAACGCCGCUUCUUUCGACGUUCGGGAGUUCGCGGCGUCUCUGCGGGACAUUCUGAUGGUCGGCCCGAAGAAGACGACAAGGGUGCCCUUCCUGGUGGGGCCGUCGAAAUCCGGGAAGAGCACGGUGGUUUACCCUUUCGACGACUUGUUCACUCCGAAACGGGUUCUGCACAAGCCUGCCUUGGGCUCCUCCUUUGGACUCCGGAAACUGGCCAGCGGCACGAAGCGGUUCAUCUUCUGGGACGACUUCCGGCCGGUUGAGUUCGCCCACGAGAAGACCGUUUCCCAGUCCUUCAACGACGGGAACAAGGACGUCUGCUGGAACCACGGCGCCGUUUUCACGGGCAAGCUGGAGGGCCUCUGGGAGACGACGAAUACGGUGGGUGCGGAGGACAUCCGGCACAUGCAGAACCGCGUGAGGCAGUUCCCAUUCACCUCCGUCUUGUCGGACGGCUCUUUGCAGGACGUACUCUCGUGUGCUCCGUGCAUGACCGCGUGGAUCGUCCGGGAGGCGGCAAAGUUCGACGCCGUCGGCGUUUUCCGCCCGGCGCCCGCUGCGCCGGUCGGGGCAGACGUGGGCGUGCCGCCUGUGAGCGGCUUCGACGACCUCAUGUCCGACGCGCGCAUACCCCGCGCGCAGGCAGACGCCUUGCUGGCGGAUGUCCGCGCGAUGGGUGCGGUUGCCGUGGACGAGGUGCUCCCCGCGGACUGGAUGGCGCCCCACCUCAGCAAGAGGGAGCUCGACCGCUGCUUCUCGCUCUACGCCGCUGGGAAGACCCCGGUGGAGAUACGCGACCUCGUUAGUCGGACCCGUGAGUCCCUCGACGAGACUGGGCCGGAUUUGACGACCGUCCGCCGGGCCCUCCGGGGCGCCACGCACAGGCGUGGCCCAGCGGAGACUCGCGGCCGCAAGCCCAAGCUCACGGCCGUCAAGCUCCGCGCCUUGAACAACGCGCGGGUUCGUUUGAUUCGGGCGGCCAAGGGCGAGGCCGAGGUUCACCUCAAGGACGUGAUGAAGGCCGCGCGGGUCUCCGACGUCCACAAGGGCACGGCCUCCAGGCACUUCAAGCGCCUCGGGGUCACCUGGCGCGCUCCCCGCGCGGAGCCGCUCCGCGGCUCCGCGGAGGUCCUCAAGCCUUUCACGAAGCCGAAGGGGAACCGGAACAGGGUGAACCCAGGCGCCAAGGUUCACGUGGCCGCAGCCAUCGUGAACAACAAGGUCCGCGUCUGGCACUACCUGCCCACCCUGUGGUGCGCCGACGCAGCCUGCGAUUUCUACGCGGGCGUCCUCGCCCCCGCGCUUCGCCGUUGCCGGAAGGGGCGCCGCGCCUUCCGCAUCCUGGAGGAUAACGACCCCACGGGGUACAAGAGCAAGAAGGCGGGGCUCAAGAUCACCCCCAUCAAGUUCCCCAAGUAUUCCCCGGACUUGAACCCCCUCGACUACUUCCUCUGGGCGGAGGUCAACCGGCGAAUGGCAGAGCAGAGCGCGCCGGCCAACGAGUCUCAGAGCGCUUACAAGGCGCGCCUCAGGCGCGUCGCCAUGGGCAUCCCGAAGAGCGUCAUCAGGGCAGCCGUGGCUAAGAUGAAGACGAAGGCGGCGGAGGUCGUCGUGGCCGAGGGAGUGCGCAAGCUGACGGCGGACCUUGAGGAGACGAAGGAGUGGGCGUCUGCCCGCGAGAACGCGGCCUUCGAGGCGGUGGACGAUUGGACGCUCGUGUGCCGCUGCGCUGAGGAGACAUGCCCCAUGGCCCGGCGUGCUCGUGCAGGCGGCAAAGUCGACGCCGUCGGCGUUUUCCGCCCGGCGCCCGCUGCGCCGGUCGGGGCAGACGCGGGCGUGCCGCCUGUGAGCGGCUUCGACGACCUCACGUCCGACGCGCACAGGCAGGCGCCUUGCUGGCGGAUGUCCGCGCGAUGGGUGCGGUUGCCGUGGACGAGGUACUCCCCGCGGACUGGGUCCGUUGAAUUCGGGGCCUGGCUGCAGGCCUACGGCAAGGCCUACGGCCAGGCACUGACCUUCCCCAGCCCCAUUCACGGCUGUUGCGGUGAUCACCAGCCUUGUAGCGCCCACAGACGCUUCGGCUCAAGCCGUUCUUACUUAAUGGGCUCUGAGGUGCUCUCAGGCUUUGAAGUGGUGCUCACAGCCGUCCUGGUGCUCAUGGCCAUUGGCGUGGACGCCGAGGCCGUCGAAACCAAAGCCAUCCGGGACGCCUUGAAG